AUGGCCGGCAGCGGCAGCGGCAGUCGCUACAAAGUGACCGCACGCUGUGUGCCGGAAGUAAGCAUCACAUCGCCCACCAGUGGGAGUGGCACUCACUAUCAGCAACUACAACAGCAACAACAACAACCGCAACAACAAGCCGUUCAUGAAGCACCGAACUCACAACAGAAACAACAUCAGAACAAUGCUCAAGCCAAACAUUUCACCCUUCUGCGAAGCAGAUCUCAGCCGUCUAACAGCAUUUUCUCGCCAGGACUAGGGAUAGGCGUAGCCUCAGUUGCCACAGUGGGCGGGGCCACAUUGGUCGAAGAGGAAGAUUUCAGUGUACUAACGGCGUCUGAUCCCACAAACUCUACCAACCCACAAGCCAGUGGCAGCGGCAGCGGUCCGAAGAACGUCUUACAACGCCAACAGGCGACGAUUAUCAGCCAACAAUUGGAACAAUCGCAGCCGAACGAGCAGCUCGAACAGCAACAGGAACUACAGCAGGGAAGUGGCGCCAUUAUCGUAGCACAGGAACCCAAUGAACUGACGCCCCUGGUGAGCAGUGUCGAGGACUCGCAAUUCGCUGCCGCUGCCAGCAGCAGCAACGCCAACAACAACAACAACAACAGCAACGUAAUAGCCUCGCAUCCUGGCUUGGUUAGCACCACCUACAGCCACAACUCAAAGACCACACGCUCCUGGCCGGUUAUUUAUCGCAAUCCCCAUCAUUACGACUACGAGGCGCUUUACGUGCAACAGCCGCCAACAACAACAGCAACAAACGCCACUGCUGCUGCCGCUGUCGGUAUUCCUGGAGCCAGCAGUUUUAAGCAGAACUGCUACUCUAAUCAGUUCAAGCAGUCCAUUGUCUACUCAUCCAGCAAUGAGGAGUUGGCCGAAGCCUCUGCGCAGCUUGUAGGGGAACAGCAGGCGCCAUCGGGAAGGCAGACCACGUGCUAUUACUUUGCGCCGAGUCGGCAUAACAGCAUUUAUGAGCAUCCCUCGACUGUGGUCGGGGGCUGUGGUUCUCUGCAAUUCGACGCCUGCUCCGCGGCAGCGGCAACCACAGCGGCAGCAGCGGCGGCUGUCGAGAGUCUGAGACGCAGUAACAGUAUCUUGUUGCGACAGAAUAGUUGCGCUAAGGUCAUCCAGAGACGCGGCAGUGCCAACGCCCUUGAUACGCCCACCUCCCUAAGUUCACACAUGGACGCGGGCAGCACGGUGGGUGCUGGAGCCUGCUGCUCCACCUGCUGCAUGGGUCCACCCCCGGUGCUCUUUCUCUUCGUCACCCUGCUCAUGACCACCAGUGCAACGGCGAUGCUGUGCGCGGCCAUCAUGACCGAUCACUGGGAGCAUGUGACGUGGGAUCGCAACAGCCUCGAUCGUUAUUCGAAUCGAUCAGGACUUCAUCUGGAGUGGCUGCUCGACGAACAAGUGGCCAUGCUGAAGCCAGACAAGCGUGCUGAUCACCGGUUUCGUCGCGAUUCUGUGUUCCUCGUGCCCAUGUAUGGUGGCAUUUGGACGCUGUGCAUCAAUUUGCCGAUGCAGCAGUUGCAAGAGCUGCGUCGCAACCCGAAAUUUCCGCGAGGCGCCCCGCCCUGUGUUAACUAUUUGGCCGGAUCAAUGGAGAACGCGCGGGGCGAGGAGCAACGCAACGAUUGGCAGCACAGUGAGUCUCAGGUCACACUGCAGCCGCAUCUGAGAAUGCAAAAUCUCUCCAUAUCCUGCUCACUAGUCUGCCUCAUUAUAUUGGGCAGCGCGGCUCUGGUGGGCGCCUUUGGUGUUUGUCAGCGUCAAAUCAGUGCCAUUCUGAUCACAGGCGUUAUGUAUUUGUUGGCAGCACUCUUUGCGCUCUUCACGCUCAUGAUUAUACACUUUAAACGGCAACAAGGCCGCCCCAUGCUCGAUAGCGACUACGAUGGAACCGUCGAUGGCAUUGUGGCACGUCCGGGGGGCGUGGCUAUUAUGGCUAAGCCCUUGCUGGGCGCACGCAUAUUCCUAACAUCGUGGAGUCUGGACUUGGGCUGGGGCGGUGUCGUUUUGUGUGCCAUCACAUCAGUGUUGUGGAUUCUUCUAUCGAAGAUAAUGCGCUACAACCCCUUCUCGGCGCUCAUGAUUUAGCUAAACGCCCUGCCGCUCGGCGGCUAUGGCUAUGCCAGCUAUGGAAGCUAUGGCAGCACCACCAGCAGCAGUGGCGGUAGCUCCAGUUUCCUGCUGGCUGCAGCCACUGCAACGUCGUCGACGCGGCACAUGGAGCAUCGGGGCAAGGGGAAGUACAUAUUGUAAGAGAAGAAGCUGGAACUGCAAACUGAUCAGAGCUCUCAGCACUAAGUUUAAAGCACACUCUUUUCUUGAAUGGCUCUAACUCUGUACUUAAACCCCUAACUUGGCUCUAUUUUCUGGGUUCGUACUUCAGUACUUUAUUUUACUGAAACAAGUACAUAACUUGUAUUUACUGUACUGUACCAAGUGCUGUACUUUACAUUCGUCUGCAUGGCUCUGUACUUUACAGACCCUAUCGAUUCUGCGCCCCACAUAAUUAUUUAUGCCUCGAAAAUGUACUAAAAACUCAAAAGCA